ACGGAAAUAAAAAUAAAAAGAUUGUACCUUUAGGUAUUUCGGCUGACACUUCAGCAACUCCAUGCUGUAAUCUCACUUUCAUCUGUUUCUUUCUAUUUUCCGAAAUUUUUGUGUUUUUUUUUUCUUUUGGAUUUUGAAUCAGUUCAAGGAAAAAUUUAAUUUUUCUAAUGACAUUAUUAUUUCUUAUAGGCCUCGGCGUUUUACCCAGACCCGAAGACCCGAACCGGAACCGACCCGAAAACACAGGUUCGGGUCCGGAUCCGGGUCCAUGCUAAGUACCUAUUGGGUCUUUUUUUUGGACCUGUGGGUCUCGGUUCGGGUCCGGGUCCUAUCCGAGACCCGUUCGGGUACCCGAAGUACCCGCAAAUAAUUUUAUAUACUAGGUAUAUUUGGGUGAUUGGGUAUAUUUUUGGUAUUUCAGAUUUUUUUUAAGUUUCGGGUUUGGAUUUUCGGGUAUAAUUGUAGAUUUUUGGUGAAAUUUUAGAUUUUUAGAAAAUAUAAUUUGGGUAUUCAGGUAAAAUUCAGGUAUGUUUUGGGUUUCCGGGUCUGAUUUUGAAUAAAUUUUUGGGUAUUUUUGCGGUUCUUCGGGUAUUUUUAGAGUUUUCGGGUCCAGUUCGGGUAUUUCGGGUCUAUUUCGGGUCCUAAAUACCCGAACCGACCCGGAUCUGAAAUAUACCCGAAAAUUUUGGGAAUUUUACGGGUAUUGAAAUUAUAGACCGAACGGACCCAGACCCGACAAGACCCGACCCGGAACCGAUCCGAAAAGUUAUAGGUACCUAUAUGGGUCUAAAUUGCUAGGACCUGAAGGACCCGGACCCGACAAUACCCGAUCCGAACCCGACCCGAAGACCCGGAUGCCCAGGCCUAAUUUCUUACUAAAUAAAUUUCCAAACUUGAUGACAAAAAAAUCUCCAAACCUUAAGGAUUUUAUGUUAAAUCCCAAUAUACAAAAAGAAAAAUUGCAUUUUAAAUCACGAAUGUGUAAAAAAAAAUCAUUUUAAAUCUUGAUACCAAACAAAUCGUACUAACUUAUUUAUUUGCCACGUAAAAAUGUGACGGAUAUUGUUCAUCCAUCCGUGUACAAGAAGGUAGGUAUGACAUGUCAGUUACUUUUCAUUUUUAUUUUUAAAAUUAAAAUAUAUUUAUAAAACAGUUAAAAUAAUAAAAUAAAAAUAAAAAAUAUAUUCAAAAAUAAAUGAAAAAUAAAUAAAAAAUCCAAAAUAAAAAUAAAUUAAUAUGUAAAAUAAUGUUUAUUAAUAAAUUAAAUAAAUUUGUAAAAACUUCCAAAAAUUCAAAAUAAUUUUAAAUUUCAAAAAAUCAAAAUUCAUAUUUCUUGAGCAAUGGUUACCUCAGUAGGGUGACAUGAUUCCUUAAGCGAGAAAUCCUCCAUACAAAGAUCAUUGUACUUGACAAGAACAUCUUCAGAGAUGAUCAAGUUAACAAAACUUGAAGAGAAUCACGUUACUCAUGACUUAGGCGUUGGAUUAUACAUGAAGAUGUAGAUUCCACCAUUGAUUGAUUUCAGGUUUCACAACAGAGAAAAAGAGAACAAUCUUUGAUUUUCAACAAAGUUGUGCUGAAAAACUCUAACGUCAUAUCAAUAGAUUCUUAAGCAUGCGGGAAAGUUGAUCAACACACUAGGUGUUUUCAGAGGCCCAUCAUUAUUAACCGACCCAAAAUAAAAUAAACCUCAACAGAAAAUACUUAGCACCAGAAUACUGAUCUGUUCCAAAAUAGAUAUGCUUUUCUCAGCGGAUAUGCUAUUUUUUUUUUUUUUGGGUGUAAAUCAGCGGAUAUGCUAUCAUAUCAAGAACUUUUACAUUGCCUCCUUACUAUAGUUUUACUUGAAUCAACUCUAUAAAUAUCUAUUAAAAAUGAUUUACUCGUUUUUCACUAACCAUAUAUAUUAAGUUAAUUAAGAUCUACAAUGGUUACCAUUUUUAACAUUAACUAUGCAUGUGUUUAUACUUUAUACUCACAUAGCCUGUAUAAAAUAUAGAUAUACAAACACAUAUAUAUAUAUAUAUAUUAUAUAUAAGUUUUUUUUUACAUUUAUAAUCAGUUAACGAUACACUAAUAAUAAAUACACAAACACAAUAUAUGAUAUGUGUACAUUAGAAAAUAUAUAGUAUACAAAUGUAACCAUAAAUCUAAAAAUUAUAUUUAUGUAAGCACAUCGUAUGUCCCAUCCGCCUAGUUAAAGAUUCAGAACCAAAUGUACAAGGCCUAAUUUUCAAAAUAUAACCUCACUUAAAUUAUUUUGCCAAUUUUUGUUAUAUUUACUAAUAUUGGUUAGAUUAAAAAAUCAACAAAAUAACAAAAAAUUGCCGACUUAUAUUAUAUUUUUAAAAUAAAAAGAUAAAAAUAAAUAAAAAUAACAGUAGCUGCUAAAUCUUUUUUUAGCAUUGUUAAUACCGUUAGCAAAACACUAAACUCAUCAUAAACAAUAAACUUUAAACUUUUGGGUAACUCUAAACUCUUGGAUAAACCAUAAUCUUUUGAUAAAUUCUAAACUCUAGGGUUUAGGGUCUAGGGUUUAUAAUUUUACUGACGGCGUUUAGGAUUUACUGUUUAGUUUAUGAUUUAGUAUUUAUUAUUUAUCCAAGGGUUUAGGGUUUAGGGUUUAUCCAAAAGUGUACGGUUUAGUGUACGAGAUAGGGUUUAUUAUUUGCUAACGAAGUUAACAAUUUUUUAAAAAAAAUUUGUUACUACUGCUUUUUAUUUAUUUUUAUCUUAUUAUUUUAAAAGCAUAAAUAUGACUUUGUAAAUUCUUAUUAUUUUAUUUCUUCUUAAACAAAAUUGAUGAGGUGACAAAUUAUUAUUGGUCAGUAAACCUACAAGAAAAACUCCACUACAAUCAUCCAGCCUUUUAUUUUAUAAUUAUUAUAGUUUUAGACGUUACCAAACAUGAUUAUAGUAAUUUUGAAAUGUAUGAAUUAAGAAUUUGUAGUAAUCCUCGGAAAAAAAUGAAAUACACAUGCCUAAAUAUAGUUUAUGUUAACUAUAUAUAUUAACAUUUUAAUCAUUAUAUAAUUAUAAUUAUAUAUUUACUUUGAACAUGUAUAGUUUUUUACUUAUAAUUUAUAUAACUCAUAACUUAUUGAAAAGUUUAUAAUAAGACAAAAUAUUUUUUGCUUAGUAAUCAUUUCAAAAAGUUUAUUGUACACGUUACAAAUAAUAGAAAAAGCUAUAUACGUAUAUUUAGGUUUUUCGUCUAUCAUUUCAAUUGGUUGUACUUUGACCCAUCAACUACGUAAUCUAAUUCAUAAUCCAAAGUCAAAUUGAUUAGUCUAAACCAAAGUUCAAUUGAUUUAGUAAACCAAAGUCAAAUAUUCAUAAUUGCCUUUCUUUAAAUCACUAUAGAAAACUAUUUAAUUUUAAUAUUACUUUAUUUUUAGCUUGUAUGAGAAAUUUAUAUAAAUUUACAUCUUAUUAGAACAGGGGAUAAACUCUUUAAUUUAAAUGUUGCAUCUUUUUAUUCUAACUUUAUAGAUUUAUAUUAUAUGUUGAUGAAAACAAUAAUAUAUUUUACACUAUUGAGAUAUAAUAAUCCGCAUAUCUAGUCUUAUUUAUUUUAUAUGUAUUUAUAGAGUUCUUUUACAAUGUUUAGUUCAAAUAAUGGGUUGAUUUGCUAUAUUUUAACACGUGUCUUAUUUGCUAUAUUAAUAAAAAACGAAAGAAAAAGUAUCUUAUUUUGUUAAAAUUCAAGUACAAAUUAGAUUUGUUUAGAAACAUGUAUAGCAAUUUUUUAAAAAAAGUUUAUAUGGAAACAUAGAUUGUAUUGUAGUUUAAAAAGUCGGGUUCUUGUUAAUACUCUAAACCUAAUUCAGAACUAUUUCUCCACCAGCACAAGCUUCGACUCCAUCUUCUGACCACCAUGAUUCCCAAAGAAGCUAAACCAAAUCAGCAAGAGACGAUGACUAAGCCGCAACCACUGUCGUUAUCAUCACUCCCAGACGAAAUCUUAGAGAACAUUCUUGCCCGCCUCUCCAAGUGGAAUUACCCUAAUCUCUCUCUUGUCUCCAAGAGAUUCCUCUUUCUCCUCUCUUCUCCCGAACUCUACACUACGCGAUCUCACAUCGGAACCACCGAACCAUGCCUCUAUUUUUGCUUAGACGACUUGCCCAUUAUACCACAUCCCAAAUGGUUUACUCUUUGGAUGAGACCUGCGGAUGAAACCCUAGAAGACGACGAUGAAAUUCUUGAAGACUAUUCGUUGGUUUCGGUACCCUCUUGUCGUCACCAUCUUAAACACGUACCAUACUCUUCCACCGUAGCUGUUGGCUCGGACAUCUACGUAAUCGGUGGACCCUACAAGGGGCCGCCGUCUUCACUUGUUUGUAUCUUUGAUUGUCGGAGUCACACAUGGCGUGAAGGUCCCAACAUGUUGGUGGCCCGUGAGGAGGCGUAUGCGUUUCAUAUCGAUGGGAAAAUAUAUGUAAUGGAAGAGGACCGGAAAGACGAUAAUUGGAUGGAAGUAUUAGACAUAAAGACUCAAACUUGGAGUUGCUUGCUGGGCCAUGGAGCUACUGAGUUUCGUGACGAUUGGUUUCUUGUCAAUGUGUUUAGAGGACAGAUAUACGUAAUUGCUGCUACGGAGAAUUUUGCAUAUGAGCCAAAAGAAGGGACAUGGGAAGUUGUGGAAACGCACGAGUGUUAUGGACAUAUUGAUAGUUGGUGUGAGAUAGAGGAUGUAAUGUUUUGUUUUACGAACUCUGGUCAUUGCAUGUGGUAUGACACUGAGAGUGGAGAGUGGAGAGAGGUCAAGGGUUCAGAUAUGGAAGUAUUGCGUGAUACAAGCGAGCAUAGCUUAGCAUGGGGGUGUGUUGUUGAAAUUGUUAACCAUGGUGGGAAACUAUUAGUUAUCUGGGUCUCCAGAUACAAGACAAAGCAGACAAGGAGAAUUUGGUGUGGGAAGAAGCGCCAUGAAGGUGAGAUUUGGGGUAAGAUGGAAUGGGUUAAUGAAGUCCUUACGGUCACCAAUUCGUUUAACUUCUUGAGUUGUGUACUCAUUAUGAUUUAAGGAUUCCUAAAAGAUGGAACGCGUAGUAAUUGAACAAUAUAACCAACGCAGUUGGCCUAGAGGUAGUUGAGGACCAGAUCCAAUACGCUCCCCGCAGGUUCGACUCGCGUUGGCCACCCGGACUUUCUUAAAUGGUAAGAAUACGUGGAGUGUCGUGGGCCCGUGGGAAAUAGUCGGUUGACCACGGUCGCCGGAUCACCCCACGUUAACUAAAAAAAAAAGAAAAAAAAAGUAAUUGAACAAUAUUGUGAUAUCUUGGUAGAAUGGCAUUAGUUAUUUCUUUCGCUUUGAACAACCUGUUUUGUUCUUUGAAAGAAGCUCUAUAUUGUUUUUUUCAUCUUUGAAUAUCAUGAUUUGUUUUCUUUUUCUUUUUCUUUUUCUUUUUGAGAUCCACUAUAAUUCUAAUGUCAUCUUUCAACUUGCUAGCUCACUUCAACACCAAGGACACAAUUUUAUUUAAACACCAUACUUAGUAUUAUCAGAAGCUUUAGAAGGAUGAAUAUAAAACUAAACUACUUACAUGAAGGCAAUCCUAAGCAUUUCAGCUUUAUCCAGCGAAAAAUCAUUAUUUAAACUAAUAGAAAAGAGCUACAAAAAUUAAAGCCCAAUCAUUUUUUCAAACAUCAUACGGUUGUUUUGAUCGCAACACUAUCUUCUCUAUUAAAAGAGAGGUACGAUUUUUAUCUACUAUAAAAAAAGUCAUACUAGUCUUAUUAGGUCCAUUUCAUUAAUUACAUUUAUUUAAUUAUUUAUAUUAAUCUAUUCAAUAUAUAAAGAUAUUAAUAAUAAAUCAGUUUUAACUGUAAAUUUAAAUUUUAUUUUUAGUUAUAACAAAAUGUUGAGAAAAAAUCCAACAAAAUCUUUCUAAAAAUUUAAAAUAUUUUAUUUAAAUUAAUACCAUUGAUUAAUUUUGUAAUUAAUAAUAUAUACUAUUAUACAUUAAUUUAAAUUAAAUUUUAUUAUAAAACAAAAUAAAAUAAAAGUGUAUGCUAUUUUUCAAAUUUUAUAGUUAUAUUCUAUAUCUUCUUUAUUAAAAGAAAUACCAUAAAAAAUCACACUAGGUCUAUUUCAUCAAUUACAUCUAUUUGACUAUUUAAGUUAAUCUAUUUGAUAUAUAACAUUUCUAAAAAAUCUUAUAAAUUAUAUAGAUAUUAAUAAAUAAAUUUUAACUGUAAAUUUAAAUUUUAUUUUUACUUAUAACAAAAUAUGUUAAAAAACCUAACAAAAUCUUAAUAAAAUUUUAAAAUAUUUUUAAAUUAAUGCAGCGAUUGAUUUCAUAAUUAAUAAUAUAGUAUUAUUAUAAUGUAUAUACUUAUAAAAUCCCA